AGAAGCAACAGGAAGCGACAAACCCAAAACUAGAUCAGGCAGACUGGAGGAAAAACAGAGAAGGCCGAAAUCAACCCGGGUUAAAAUUUGGCCUCAUAACAUCAAAAUCACUCCUGCUGUGUGAAAAAAAAGGUCAGACUGAAGCUAAGCUGCCCCUCCUGACCCGGGUCUGAGGGAGUUAAGACGUGGCAGAUUCAUGAGCAUGUCCUCCUCAUAAAGCUACAGAAAUCUUCACCUGCUGCUCAGAGGAAACACACGAGUCUGUUUGAUCGAGGCUAUGGCUAACGCCACCAGUCUCCAGUAUGAGCCAGUGGCAGAGAUUGGUGGAGGCGCAUAUGGGACAGUUUAUAAGGCUAGAGACACGGAGAGUGGAGAGUUUGUGGCUUUAAAAAGUGUUCGUGUCCAGACAGACCAAAACGGCCUCCCGCUCUCCACGGUCAGAGAGGUGGCUCUGCUGAGAAGACUGGAGCAGUUUGACCACCCCAAUGUGGUCAGGUUAAUGGAUGUAUGUGCCACCCAAAGGUCAGAGCAGGAAACUAAAGUUACUCUAGUGUUUGAACAUGUGGACCAAGACCUAAAGACGUACCUCGAGAAAGCUCCACCUGCAGGACUGUCACCUGGACACAUUAAGGACCUGAUGAGGCAGUUGUUGUGCGGUCUUGCAUUCCUGCACUCAAACCGUGUGAUGCAUCGAGAUUUGAAACCAGAGAAUAUUCUGGUGACCAGCCAGGGCCAGGUGAAGCUGGCUGACUUUGGACUGGCCAGGAUCUACAGCUGCCAUAUGGCCCUCACUCCAGUGGUGGUAACACUGUGGUACCGACCUCCUGAGGUCCUGCUUCAAUCCAGUUAUGCCACACCUGUGGACAUGUGGAGCACCGGCUGCAUCUUUGCAGAGAUGUUCAGGCGCAAACCUUUGUUCUGCGGGGAAUCAGAAGUCGACCAACUUGGGAAAAUUUUUGAAGUAAUUGGCCUAGCCCUGGAGGAGGAGUGGCCCACUGAUGUCACACUGUCCAGGAAAAACUUCCCCCCUCUCUCACCUCGACCAAUCACUGACUUUGUACCAGAGAUAAAUGAGGAGGGGGCACAACUAUUGCAGGAUAUGCUGAAGUUUGACCCCUUCAAAAGAAUAUCUGCCCUAAACGCCCUUGAUCAUCCAUAUUUCCAAGACGAGGAGACAUUGACUCAGACAAAAAGCUGAAAAGAUGCAGUGAAACUUGCAGCAAGAGGUAACAGUGUCUAAACUUAGACCUGGCCUAACCAUAGAGGAUUUAAGUUUCAUUCAGUGCCUUUAAACAUGUGGGUUGUGCUUUGGGAUAUUUUUGUCACCCCUGCAUCCAAAAAGGAUUACAGUCUGGGAGAUGGAAUAUAAACAGAAGAGGAGGGAACUGAAGGAUCACUGGCAUGCUUCCCAACAUGUAAAUGUCACAAUAAAUGGUGUUAACAUGUCAUGUCUUAGAGGACAGUACCAGUGUUUUUGAUGUUAGAUUUCUGUUUGGGUGUCGUCAACUGGGACUGAUGCACAGAAACGCCUGUCAUCUCCUCUGAAAUGUUGGUCUUGUUAUUUUUGUACAGAGUUUAGACAGAAGGAAGCAGAGAUGUCAUCUUUUCUUGUAAUAGGCUGAACAAAUAGUGACAGAUGACACCUAAGGGUUAGAAGAGCCAGUUGUUAGUGAUCCUACUGUAUUUGUGUUAAUAUUUAACACUGUGAGCCUGUGAAAGGAAUCUAGAUGUACCAGAAUCAUGAGAACUAGAGGGAGUAGUAAAGAAAAAAUGCACAAUAAAAACAUGCUUGUCAAAAAUACUGGUAUUGUCCUUAAAAGUUAAAGGGUUGGACUUCAUAAUAUAAAUCUAAAAUCAACCAGUACUGCAACAAGUGAAUAAAACACAGUUUUA